GCAUUAUGCAAAUGUUCCCCAUAUAAUCCUCCCAAAAGGCUGUCCGAUUACAAUGACUAAUUGUUUCAAAUCAGUUCAUUUUACUUGCGAAUACUGCAAGCUAACUUUACGCCUGCCGUGUCCUGUAACUGUAACUCAAUUCCAAUUCUAAUCAUGUAAUAAAUAAAUAAUAACGCUAGUAGCUAGAUUUUAAAAUGAAUUGAUAUUGCCACAUUGUAAAGAAUGCAUAUAACAGCGAUGUAGUCCAGAAAGUAAACUGAGUAAAAACAGUCGGCACACCACACAUGACUUUUAGUCACACAUAUUUUAGCAGGGAAGAAAAUCGAGCCCAGUCAAUAAUCAGUACCACCAUCAUUGAUUCAAGACAUGGCGGACGACAAGCUAAAGGAUCUGGCAGAGCUCAAGGACCAGCUAGAGGACAUUCAGCGCCGCGUGGAGAAGGAAGUACAGGCUGGGAUCCCACAGGGUGGCAGUGUGCUGGCCUCUCCUUUCCUCAAGGGCUUCUUGGCAGGAUAUGUUGUGUCUAGGCUGCGAUCCUCUGCGGUUUUGGGUGUGGUCCUUGGGACUUGCACAGGCAUCUUUGCAGCUCAAAACUUUGGCGUGCCCAACAUUGAGGAAACUCUGAAAGACUAUUUCAACACUCUUAAAGGACCCAGCAAUUAGCGGCCCUGGUUUUGGGGGGGGAAAUAUGGAGGGGGAAUUAUGGGGGGGUGGGGAUAUGGAUCUCUGAACCCCUGCCCCCUCAAAAAGAUCCAUUGGACUACCCCACCUCUAUUUUAGAUUGCAGAAUAUUCUGAACUGAGAAAAAAUUAUAUGAUCUGUGUUUGUUAGGAGACAUUUUGGGGGAAACGAUAUAUUCCUUGAAUUACGCAUUAAGUGUCUUUACAAUCAUCUCUUGCAAUGUGUGCAAUAGUCCUGCAGGGACUUUAGUGUAUGUUUUUAUAUUACUGGAAAAAUAACAUUGUUCCUAUUUUAUGCAAUAGGGAUUUGACUUAUUGAAGUAGGUGCUUUAUAGUGGGAGAUCUUAUUUGCCUCAGGUCAGUUUUCUAUUUCGUCUUGCUCGCAGAUCAACCAUAUAACCUUGUUAUACCCAAAUUAUAUGUAUAACCUGUAGUAUCCAGAUUUGAAACAUGACUAAGAUAAUAUUAUGUUCAUAUAUACAAAUUUGUCCCCAGGUAGAUACCAGGUUCUCAACCUAUUUUGGGACUUUUAGGUCACUGUAAGUCUACAGUAUUCACACCCCUUGACUUUUUCCACAUGUUGUUGUGUUACAGCCUGAAUUUAAAAUGGAUUACAUUUGGAUUGUUUUGUCACUGGUCUACAC